AAAACUUCUAAUAAGUCUUCCUUGAUAAUAUAAGUGAUACUUCCUGGUUUGAACAGGGACCUGGUUUGAAUUAAAUGCUUUAAUUGCAAGUGACAAUAUUUUUGAAUGAUUUGAUACCAUGGGUGAAAGGACUUUUGUCAAAUCUGGUGAACUAUUUCUUCAAAACAAAGGAAUACUGAAAACUUCAUGGCAGAAUAAAUACUGCUUACUCUAUGGGGGCAGUGGGGACAAAAGUUGUCACCUGGAAUUCUUUGAAAACAGGAAAAGCUUUGAAGAGAACAGAAGUAAAAACAAACCAUGCGAUAAGAAAGUUGAAAUACAAAAUGUGAAAUCUAUAACUAACUCUGCUCAAGCAGGCAGUGAUGGUACACCCAAAUAUCAGAUUGAAAUCAAAUGCAAAAAUAAUACAUGCCUGAUGUUCGAUUCUGAAAGCGAAUGUGCUGAUUGGUUCUCAAAGCUCAAUUCAGAGACAGGUUUCUCCUUGAGAGGGAGCAACUCAUCACAAAACCGGGAAGACGAGAACGAAAAUGACAUCAAUGAAGAUUACGACGAUGAAAGCGAAGUCAUCACUCUCAAUCAGAUGUAUGAUGGGACAGGGGGGGCUCAGGCACAGCGGUUUUUGGUGAAUGUGGAGCCCUGCCCACUGGCUAAACUCUGUGAUAUUGAAGGUGCGAUGACGAUGUUGGUGACCAAUCAGUGCAUUUCAUUCGAGGAUCCUAAAACUAGACAAAACAAGUACCUUUUCCAGCUUUCAUGGAUGAGACGGUUUGGAAAGAGGGAGAAAGAUCAGUUCUAUUUCGAGUGUGGAAGGAAAUGCCCAAAUGGGGAGGGGACUGUAACAUGUAUUUCUCAGAGUGCUGCCGAAAUUCAUAAGGUGAUCACUACUAAAUCAUCGAGUAAUGCCUCUACAGUUAUUCCAGGCAAACAGAAGGUCAAAGGCCUUGGUGAGAAGAAGGCCCUAGAUUUGAAACCCAGUGAGAAGUUACUAGAUGUGAAACCCAAAGUUAGCUCACCCGCACCAAAUAUUACUGGACCAUCUUUUGUACAAAAGAGAAAUCAUCCUGGACCUGCAAAUGUACCCACUUUGGUUCCGAUAAAAACUGAGGCUUCAGAGUAUGAUGAUUGUGUCAGCGUGACUACUCUGAGAAAUUCCAUUGGAAAAGUAUCAGGAAAUGAUGCAAGUGUGGGUCAUCUUUCACAAAAUACUUUUACCCAAGAGCUGGAGGGUAAAUUGCAUGCAGGGGAUGAUCAUGCUAAACACGUAAGUGUGAAAAAACUUAGUGUAACUGAAUCCAAGAAAGAAAAGAAAGACAGAGAGAAGAGGGAAAAGAAAGAAGCUGAAGAAAGAGAAAAGAGGGAAAAGAAAGAAGCAGAGGAAAGAGAGAAAAGAGAAAAGAAAGAGGCUGAAGAAAGAGAAAAAGAAAAGUUGAGACGAGAGAAGAAAGAAAAAGAAGAAAAGGAAAAGAAAAUGAAGGAAGACAAAAAGAAGGGAAAGAAGGAUAAUUCAAUAAAAAAUAGAUCUGCUGGUGCAUAUGAUGAUGUUGAUGAAGAUGCAUCAAGCACUAGUGUAGCAGACGAUGUAACAUACGCUGAGGCUACUAAUCCAACUAAUGUCAGGAAAUCAAAAAGUCCCAAAUCUGGCGAUGUUUUAAUUUAUGACGAUCCUGAUGUUGCAAAAGCAAUGCCAAGACAAGAACCACCACAGUAUGCUGAGCCAUAUAGGACAGGCGGUGGUGUUUCAAUAGUUGCUGAUGAUGAUGGUAAUGCCUAUUCAGAGGUCAAGGGCAUUUCAAAAGCUGCCUGGGAACAUCAAGGCCGUGAAGAGAAAGAAAUGUGUCAUGAGGAAGACUACAGCGUCCUAAAACAGUCUAGACAGCAAAGAAAAGGUCCGCCUCCCGAUCUGCCUGCGCGGAGAUACAGCCAAAGUGACAGUGAGGAGGAAAGUACGUAUGACACAACGGCUCCCAAUGUUUCAAGGAAAUCUGGCGGAAUUAAGCCUGAGAAUCUUUACGGGAUGGCCAGUGCAAAAAAGGUUGGAUUAAUGUUACCAAAUAAAGCAAGUGCGGGAAACGAUCCAGAAGACAGUGGUGAAGAGGAGGAGAAUGAAUAUUCACAUUGCGCUGAACCUGAUACAUAUGAAAAAGCAGUUACAGUGAGUGAAAAGAAAAGUCAACCAUCAGUUCAGCCUUCAAGUCUUUACGAGGAUGCUGAUAGACCGGUAGCAAAAGCGUCUAUAAAGGCUCCUAAGAGUAAACCAGCACCUACUGAAUCUUUAUACGAGGAAGUUAAAAUGUGAUUUUCUCCAGAGAUAAUAUUAAACAUAAACAAUGAGAACAAAGUCCCCAUCUGGAUGUAUAGUUUUAUCUUUCUAAUUAAUGGAAAUCUAUUGGAAGUGAAGUAGUUUGUUUGAAGCUAGCUAACAUGUGAUUUCUUCUUUCUAUCUUUUGCUUUAAUUAUUAUGUUGAUCUUGCAAGUGCUUGGAAACUUGAUUUGAAAGUAGUAUUGAUGAUUUGGGUAAUGUUCUGCGAAAACUGGGCUUAAUUCAUGUGCGUAAAGUGCUGUCCCAGAUUAGCCUGUGCAGUCUGCACAGGCUAAUCAGGGACGACACUUUCCGCUUUAAUGGUAUUUUUAGUUUCAAGGAAGUCCCUCCUUACCGAAAAUCAAGUUUAGGCGGAAAGUGUCAUCCUUGAUUAGCCUGUGCGUACUGCACAGGCUAAUCUGGGACGACACUUUACGCACAUGCAUUAUGACCAGCUUUCACGGAACAAGACACAUAUCUUCAUUAUAGCCUCCUUCUGAAUAAACUGGGCUUAAUGUAGGUGCGUCAAGUUUGAUAAGACUUUGUAGACUGCGCAGGCUAAUCAAGGAUGGCACUUUCCAAUUGUAUAUAAUUUUUCUUUCAGAUGAAGUCUUUUCUAAACCAAAUUCAGAAAGUUUUUUCCCUGAUAAGCCUAUGCAGACACCUUCAUUAAGCCCAGUUUUCCCAGAACAAUAUUUGUAAGAUAACUUACAUGUACACACAGUUUGGUGACCUUUACUACUGAGAUGCUCUAUCUCUUUACAACACAAGAUCUUGGAUUUCAGUUCCAUAAUUCAGGGAUGAAAAAGGCCUAAGUGAUUAUUACCUCACACAGUAAAGUCUUCAGUAACCAGCUGUGAUUGUAUGCCCUCAAAAAGUUGGAAUUAUUUAAUUCCCAUAUCUCUGUUGAUAAAAUCUCUAAUCCAAAGAACAUGUGAAUUUAACAAUUAUGUUAGACUUGUGCUUAUAGUAUAUCCAUUUAGUAUAUCAAUUAAAUAGUACAAUACUAAAUAUGUAAGCCUUAUUAAAUAUAUAAAAGUUUUCAACAUAAAAGGGAUACUUUAGCUAACAAAAAGUAAAUUGUUAUUGUUUAGUAGUUUGAAAGUAUUGAGUUAAUAUUACAACAGUACUUCAACUACAGUUAACAAAUUGAAAAUGUGUUUUACCUUUAGAUUCUAGUUGUUUUGCAUUAUAAUCAUGGAGGUUUUACGUGUUUUUGUAAGAGUUUUGUGUCAUGGAGGUUUAAAUAUUUUAUCUUGAAAUGAAAUCAACUAAUGAAUGUUCUUGCAGACUUUCACAUGUUUAUUUUAAAUUCACAUGAAUUUUAGAGUUUUAAGUUGUUGCCAGUUAGUUGGAGAAUAUUUCUUUGUAAAGCUUAAGGAAAGUUUGAUAGAGCAGUCAAGCGUAUGAGCAUGUGUAUAUUCGAGCCUGUCCUGACUGUCUUUAACUUUGUCAUUCAUGUACAAUUUUAAAAUAACGGACUAUAAAUGUUCAUAUAAUAAGACGACAUCUUGCUUGUAGACCUGUCUCCCUCACUGAAAGGUCAAGGUAAUGCUUACUUAAGAGUUUGAAGGUCAAAUUUUUCUGCAAUGUAUGUGAGUACAAUCAUGUCUGGAUAUAUAUGUACUUAGUUUGUCAUACAUGGUGCAAUUUUAAAACAAUUUACCACACAUGUUAACCAUCAUAUGACAAUGUGUCGUGUUUAUCAACCAUAUCUCAACGUUCACACUCACACUUACACAGCAUGUCCACACUGUAACUUUGUUAUUCAACAUGCAAUUUUCUAAUCACUUACCACAAAUGACAACCACAAGACAGCACAUAAUGCUGAACACACAUAUAUUUUAAAGGUCAAGAUCACAUUAAGAGAUCAAAGGUCAAAUUUGAACAUGAAACUGCUUGUCCAGAUGGUAACUUUGGCAUUCAUGAUGCAAUUUCCUAAUAACUUACCAUAAGUGAUCUUCAUUUAAGAGACACCGUGUCUCUUGACAUACUGUUGUACCUUCUUUAAAGGUCAAGGUCAUAUUGAGGUCAAAUGAGGCCAUCAUUCAUCAAUUCAAUUUUAAGAUAAUACCACAAAUGUCCACCAAGAGACAACAAUUUGUCACAUGUAACAUGAGUGUCCCUACCUAACCUUUAAGGUCAAUUUCAAACUCAAAGGUCAAAGUUGGACAUGACACAGCUUGUCCACUCUGUAACAUAAUCAGUCAUAAUGCACUUAAAAAAAGUUAGCACUAAUUUUGAUCAUAUGGGGACUGUGUGUCAUGGGUAACAACUGUCCCCCAACUGCAAAUGUCAAGGUCACACUAAAAGGUUAAAGGUUAAGUUUGGUCAUGAAAGUUUGUCAUCAUUCGUCAUGCAAUUUUGAAAUAAUUUCCAACAAAUGUUACAAGUGUAGGUGUGUCACCCCUUGGGCAAAGUUAUAGGUGACAUUUAAGACAAAAGGCCAAACAUGUGCAUGGUGCAAAACAGUGUUCAAUUAUUAUUAUUUUUUUUAGUUGCAGUUCAGUUAGAGGGUAAAAUUAUGGCAUAAAAAAACAAGUUUUGUUUCUGAGAAUGGGAACAAUCUAAUUAAAUCUCCAAUAAGUUUCACCAAGUUCAAUAUUUUAUAGCAACUUUUAAAAAUAUAUCCCAUUUGGCAAAAAUUUCAAUUGGCAUCAAGAGCCCUGGCCCACGAAGUUGGUUACAUUGUCAAAUUGUUAAUAUAAUAAGCCGGCAUUUUUAGAUAAUAAUAAUGAAGAUAGCACUUCAAUUAUGUUAAGCAUACGUUGUUUUGUUAUUAUAUGAUACUUCUUAGUAUGGUUUGUACUUAUGCCAGGAAACACUUCAUGUAUUUCUUCUAUAGUGAUAGUGAUCACAUUUUAUUGCCAUGUAUAUACAUGCUUAAAAUUACCUGAUGGGACGUAUACAUUAUAUUAAAUAUAUGCUUAAUAAAUCAUAUUUAAACAGUGUGAUGCAUAGAAAUGGGUUGUUUCUAUGCUUUUAAUACACAAUUUAUUUGAUCACAUAUUUUGAAUUUCAGCCGUUUGGUUAAUUUGUAAGAUAAUUAUUUUCUACAUGUAUAUAUUAUUUAAAUAGUAAACUUUUUUUUUUAAUUUGAGGUGUAUUAAAUUAUAUUGUAUGAAUUUUUGAUAAGCUUUAAAAAUACCUAAUUUGAAAGGCUAUUUUGUUUAAUAUAUUCAUUAAGUAACAAUGUGUGAAUUUUAUAAAGGUUUAAAAUGUGUAGUUUAAAAGGCCAUUCUGUGUGUAGAUGGCAUCCUGAAAAUAUACAUGUACAUGCAUUUACCAGUUUUAUGUGUAUUUGUCAAACUUAUUAUACAUGUAACUUACAAUUAUGUAUUGUGCUUAUUUUUAGCGAGGCUGUUUUCGGAGAAAAUCUGAGCUAUUGUCAUAGCCAGCUCAUCCGCCGUCAGCCAUAGGCGUCCUGCUAAAACCUUAACAUUGGCUCUAAAAUCAAAGUGCUUCCAUCUACAACUUUGAAACUUCAUAUGUAGAUGCACCUUGAUGAGUUCUACACGCCACACCCAUUUUUGGGUCACUAGGUCAAAGGUCACUGUGACCUCUAAUAUCAAACUUUAACAUAGGCUCUACUCUAAAAUCAAAGUGCUUCCACAUACAACUUUUAAACUUCAUAUGUAGUUGCACCUUAAUGAGUUCUACAUGCCACACCCAUUUUUGGGUCACUAGGUCAAAGGUCAAGGUCACUUCACUGUGACCUCUAAUAUAAAACUUUAACAAAAACCUUAACAUUGCCUCUAAAAUCAAUGUGCUUCCACCUACAACUUUGAAACCUCGUAUGUAGAUGCACCUUGAUGAGUUCUACACGCCACACCCAUUUUGGGUCACUAGGUCAGAGGUCAAGGUCACUGUGACCUCUAAAAAAAACAACAGCAGCCGAGCGUGGCACCCGUUAUGCGGUGCUCUUGUUUAUAAUAUUUUUCUGUUUGUCUACAUGCCUAGUGGUUGGUUAUAAACUUAUAAUGUACAUACACUGUAUAAUGGAAAGCCACCGCAAAAUGUUGUUUGCUUUUUUAUUCUGUUACUGAUGCUCUCCAAUUUGUUCUGAAAAUUGUUUAUUGCUGGAUUGCUUUUGUGUUCACAUUUAUAAUUAAUGCAAGAUUCAACUGGUUUUGAAACAAUGGUCCCCUAGACAUUCGACCCUUCGUGGGAAAUAUUAUAAAUAUUCUAACAUUAGCCAUUGCAACAAUGCCUAAUGAAACACUGAUUUGAAAGAACCUGUUAAUACAUAAGAAUGUAUAUAUUACAUAAAAUCAAAUGAAAUUACAUUAAUUUUUAAAUGAUAAGUUCAUUUAUUGGCAUUAUCAUUAAAAAUAGAUAAAAUUAUAUAUUAAAUGUAAUGCUUUUCUUUGGUAGUUAAGAAAAUAUAAUGUAUUGAAUACUAUGCUUAAAAAUACUAUAAAAUUCAUUGUAAAGUUGUCAAGCCUGGAUGGCAUAGUGGUAGCAUAUAAGUCUUGGAUUCCAAACCUUUCUUAUCAACCAGGGAUUGAAUACUUGCAAAGGAACUUAUAUAUAUAUUUUUAUACCCCCACAAACGAAGUUUAGGGGGGUAUAUAGGAGUGAACUUGUCUGUCGGUUGGUCGGUCGAUCUGUCUGUUGGCCCGUAUUAAGUGUCCGCUCUCUAAUUCAAGUAGUUUUCAUCCCAUCUUCACCAAACUUGGUCAGAAGUUGUAUCUACAUGAUGUCAAGGCCAAGUUCGAACAUGGGCCUUGCCGGGUCAAAAACAAGGUCACCGGGUCACUUAGUGCGUUUUAAACAUUUAGCAUGUUGUCUGCUCUAUAAUUCAUGUAGUUUUCAUCAGAUCUUCACCAAACUUGGUCAGAUGUUGUAUCUAGAUGAUCUUAAGGCCAAGUUCAAACAUGGGCCUGGCCGGGUCAAAAACUAGGUCACGGGGUUACUUGGUGCGUUUUAAACAUUCAGCAUGUUGUCCGCUCUCUAAUUCAAGUAGUUUUCAUCCGAUCUUCACCAAACUUGGUCAGAAGUUGUAUCUAGAUGAUCUUAAGGCCAAGUUCUAACAUGGGCCUUGCUGGGUCAAAAACUAGGUCACGGGGUCACUUAGUGCGUUUUUUAACAUUCAGCAUGGUGUCCUCUCUCUUAUUCAAGUAGUUUUCAUCCGAUCUUCACCCAACUUGGUCAGAAGUUUUAUCUAGAUGAUCUGAAGGCCAAGUUCGAACAUGGGCCAUGCGAGAUCAAAAACUAGGUCACAGGGUCACUUAGUACGUUUUACACAUUAAGCAUGGUGUCCGCUCUCUAUUUCAAGUAAAUUAAAUCCGAUCUUCACCACACUUGGUCAGAAGUUGUAACUAGAUGAUGUGUACAUGUAGGUCAAGUUCGAACAUGGGCCAUGCCGGGUAAAAAACUAGGUCACGGGGUCACUUAGUGUGUAUUAAACCUUACCAUGUUGUCCGCUCUCCAAUUCAAGUAGUUUUUAUCCAAUCUUCACCAAAAUUUGUCAGAAGUUGUAUCUUGAUAAUGUCUAGGGCAAGUUUGAAUAUGGGUCAUGCCGGGUCAAAAACAAGGUCACGUGGUCACUUAGUGCAUUUUAAACAUCACAAUGUUGUUCACUCUCUAAUUCAAGUAGUUUUCAUCCAAUCUUCACCAAACUUGGUCAGAAGUUUUAUCUUGAUGAUGUCUUGGUCAAGUUUGAAUAUGGGUCAUGUCGGUCAAAAACUAGGUCAUGGGGUAUCUUAGUGCAUUUUAAACCUCACCAUGUUGUCCGCUCUCUAAUUCAAGUUGUUUUCAUCCAAUCCUCACCAAACUUGGUCACAAGUUUUAUCUAAAUGAUCUCUAGGACAAGUUUGAACAUGGGCCAUUCCGGGCCUAAAACUAGGUCACGGGGUCACCUAGUGUGUUUUUUAACAUUCAGCAUGGUGUCAGCUCUCUAAUUCAAGUAGUUUACAUCCGAUCUUCACCAAACUUGGUCAGAAGUUUUAUGGAGAUGAUCUUAAGGCCAAGUUAGAACAUGUGCUUUUCUGGGGCAAAAACUAGGUCAAGGUGUCACUUAGUGCAUUUUAAAAAUUUAUCAUGGUGUCUGCUAUUUUUUGUGAAGACAACAUGCAAAAUAUUAUGUGUUAAUGCGGCAUGUUGGGGUAUUCUUCACGUCUGUGACAAAGCUCUAGUUUAUCUUGUUUUCAUUAUUUUAAAUUGUUCCCAAUACAUGUAUUAUACUUUUAUUAUUUAAUUUAUGUUAUGAAAUUUCGCAAAGACUAAGACAAUGUCAUUUAUAUACAAAUGUUAUGAUGAGAAAUAAUGAGUGUAUAACCGUACUUGGAAUAUUUGUUUAAUUUAGCAUAGAGGGUUUUAAGUUAGUAGGCUGAUGGGAAAAUACAAUCUAACUCUAUGUAUGCAAAUUAUAGGCCAAAUGCACUGAUAUUUAUACAUAAAUGCUACAAAAAAGGUAUAAAAAUGUUGAUAAUAUAUUUGUAAUAUAAAUUUGUAUUUUGCUAUUUUAAAUUGUAUUAUGCAGAUUAUGAGCUUAGUUGAACAAAUACAAGUAUUACAGGAAAGGGUUAUAGGGGUUAUAUAUGACUAAUAUUAAAUCGUAAGCUGCCAGUUUUCUGUUGCUCUUUUUAGCUUUCUUGUUUAUUCUUAAAAUUGUACUUUCUUGCCUUAAUAUGCAAACUCAUAUUGUACAUCAAAUUUAAACGAUUUCUUGUUUCGUGCACUUAAACUGUACUGAUCCAGCAUAAUACCUGAUAUUUAAUCUAGAACAAUUUCAUGCAUGUAUUUCUUGCACAUGCUUGCAUUCACAUGUACAGCUAUUUUUUCUAGUAUAUGUUACUAUUUGUUGAGAGAAGUUGAACACCAUUUUAAGGCGAUAUUCUGUAAAAAAGAAAAAGAAAAUAAUUUUAGAACUGGCAAAACAUUAAGUUAGGAUCUUGUUUCAGAGCGUUUUCUUGAACAAUAUUUAAUUCUGUUAAAAUAUUUAAAAAAUUGAGAAUUUGGAUAGUCACCACAUUUGUGAUAUUUUAUUUUCAUGCAUAUGCAAAACAAUAUAUUUAAGUAUAAGCUGCUUCAUGCGAAAAUGGGUCUUAUGUCGUAUGCGUCCAUAGUGACUCUAGACAUUGCGCAAUGAGCAAGAACUACCCAAUAAGCUGAUGAGACCAAAAAAACUUUGCAUAACUUUACAGCAGACAUGGUAGCUCCUGGCCUGUAAUUGCCCGAUUACUAUACCAAAGAUGUUUAUACACACAUCAUGUUAUUUACAUGCAGUUUGUGUAUUAUGUAAUACCUCACAUUUAUUAAUAGUUACCAAGUUUUUAUACUGAUCAAUGGAUUUGCAAGUAAAUGUAUGCAAGUGUUAUGAUUAAUUUUUUCUUGUUAGCAUGCAUUGAUUAUUAGAUUUAGCCAACUGUUAGGAUUCAUUUUCUUGUACCCCUGCAUUGAUGAUUAGUUUUAGCUUUAGUCAACUAUCCCAAAUACCACCUUUUAUAUUAUGUUUUUUUUUAUACAUUUCUUUAAUCUAUUAAUAAAAUAAUUAUAUACUUAUGCAAUAUUUUAAUUAUGGUAAUACGUUUGCUUUUAUGAUUGUGCCAAUAACUGUAUGAGUUAAAGAUGAACUGUUUGAUCGUGUAAAACAGUUGAAUACUUUUCUAAUCAUUCAUCACUUUAAAUCAAAAAUCUAUAUAUUGCUAGAAUUUAUGGUAAUGUUUAGAAUUAUGUUUUUCAGAAACACAUAUUACAUGAGAUAUAUAUACCCGUUCUUAAUUAUUACUUGACUGUGCAGUGUUCAUUCAUACAGGUCACAUAAAUAGCAUCCCACGAGGCUGAUCAAAUGAGCCUUGUUCAUGAAAAACUGGGCUCAAUGCAUGUGCUUUAAGAGCCAUCCCAGAUAAGCCUGUGCAGUGUGCACAGGCUAAUAAGGAACAACACUUUCCAUUAUUAUGGAAUUGUUGGUUUUUAGGAAGUCUAUUUAAUUUUUUUUAAACCUAUUUAUUUAAGCUUGAUUGUGUAACAAGCCUAAGAUUAUAUGAAACGCUCUCGAGUCCGUUUCCUUGGUGUCUAUGGGGGAGAUCUAAAGAACGCUCCCACAGUGGGGUUCGAACCUGUGACCUCCCAAUUGCUAUGCGGAUACCAUAUCCACUACGCCACAGCGAUCUUAAAUAGGAAGUCUAUUAUAAAUGGAUAUCCAGUCUUAGCGGAUAUUGUUGUCCCUGAAUAGCCUGUGCAAACUACACAGGCUAACCUGGAAUGACACAAUAUGCACAUGAAUUCAGCCCUGCAGUUUUCCCUGAAUGAGGAUCAAAUGUUUUUUUCUGUUUUGAAUUUCUAAGUAAUGAAUGAUCAAGUUAAUGCAUGGACAUGUCUUGAUAUUUAAUGUUAAUAUGCAGUUGUCCAUCAAAAACAACUGUUUUUAUUGGAAAUAGAUGUCUUUAUGUUUUUUUGGGUGUUUUGUCAAUGAGACAUAUAACCAUUUUAACAUUGAAUCUUAAAAGUCCUCUGUCACAAUAAAACUAGUAAUUGACAGGAUCCAAUGCAAUAUUUUGUGUAAAGAAUUAACAUUUUUAUAUGUACUUUAAUCAUUUUAUAUUAUAAAUAUAUAUAUUUAUAUACAGCAGCAGAAACUUAUUUGCUUAGAUGUGUUUUCUGUCCUUAUCGGUAAUAAAUAAAGUUCUAAAACAAAUGGUGUGGUUUGUGUACCUGGCAAUUUUGGUAUAAUAUAUGAACAAUUCAUAGUAAUUAAACAAAGGAUAACCUUGCCCAUGACCUAAAGAAAAUGACAUAAUUAUGUUGCAUGUCAUAUACUAGUAUGUUAAACUUUCGAGUGUGCAGCUAACAAUGAAGGUUUGGAAAAUAACCCAUAUGUUAUAUUGUACAUAAAUGUUUAUUUCAAUGUUUCAAUGAUGGAAUAACAUUUUGUUUUUGCAUCAACAAUAAGAAAUAGGGUGCUGACAUGCAAUUUGAAACACGCUGUGGGAAAAGAGGGCUAAAUGCUUGUGUGUUGAGUGUCCCCAAGAGUAACCUGCAUAGUUUGCACAGGUAAAACAAUUUCUGAUUGUAUGGAAUUUUUUGUUUAAUCAAGUCUCUUCUGAACGAAAUUCCAGUCUUAGCAGAAAGUGUUGUCCCAGUUUAGCCUGAGCAAAAUGCACAGGCAACUCUGCAGAAGGCACUGGCAAAUAUGGGACAAUACUUUGAGCACGAACAAUAAACCUGGUUUUCCCAGAGAAAGGCUCUAGUAUGAUUAUCCCUAUGCAUGCUGGGAAAUUUGCCGUCUGCUAAAAUGUCGUCUGCUGAAUUUCUAAAAUUAGCAUUUUUUAUAUAUUGUUUUCAAAGAAUACUAUCAGAAUAGCAAACAGUUUGGAUCAUGAUUAGACGCCACGUUCUGUGGCGUCUCAUCUGGAUCCAAACUGUUUGCAAAGGCCUUCAAAAUUCGGUUCCAGCACUGAAAGAGUUAUGGCUAUUUGUCAUCUGAAAUCUAUCCAAAGCAGUACCAUAACAGGUGUAGUUUGCACAGUCAAUUAUAUCACUCAGCCAAUGGACAUAUCUCAGAUUGCACUAUUCCCCCUUUAAAAAGAAUGAGAUUUUAUCAACAAAUGUUAGUUUCAUGUAUAUAAUAACCAUUGAUAUGGUGUGAUACAUUAAUUUUUUUUAAUGGUCGACUUUGUACUGCCAUGAGUUUGCUUCUUUUGUACCUCCUAAUGUGUGGGGUUUCCAAAAUCUAGCACAAUUCGAUGUAAUUCUAUGAUUUCAUAUUUGUUUUACUAGAUAUUUGUAAAUGCCAAAUACAUAUAAAGGUUCCAAAUGUUAAUAAAGUAUUUGCUUGACAGCUUCAAAAGAACAUGUUUCUUUAUUUGACACAUAAUUAUUACUGAGUUUUCAAUAUAUUUUUAAUGAGUCUGACCCACUAUUUUUCAUGUACAUUUAUGUAAACAAUUCUUGUUGUCUAUCAGGAAGAAAAAUAAACGGUAAUAAUUUUAAGUGAACUGGGAAGCUAAGAAUUUGUUAUAUAUAUUUUUAAAAGAUACUUUAUUUAUCUCGUCCAUAGGUAUGUGCAGGUCAAAGUAAUCCUGCUCCAUACUGUACAAAAUAUUAUGUGUUAGUAGCACAAAUAUGAGUUUAUAUCUUUUAGAUAUGGAACUAUAGAUAUACAUCAUACCACAAGAAUUCAUUAUAUUAUACUAUAAUAAAACAUAUUAUUUUAA